ACACGCUUAUCUCUCUUUGCACCGGAGGAGGUGGAUACAGAGGAGAAGAAGCGCAACAGUUUUGUCAAGGGACUGAUGUGGUCUAUCAAGAGAGCUAUUACUGGUAGUCCAGCCUACACUACUUAUGCUCAAGUGGUGGACGCAGCUUUGCAGCUUUAUCAACUGAAUGAGGAUUUCAGACAGACUAGGGCUGAGAAGCGGGGUGGCAAAGAUUUUGCUAAUCAGCCAGCUGCGAAAGUGAAUGAUAAUGGGAACCGACAGAAUGACAAGGGCAGAUUCCAGGGCCAGCAGCCUUGGAAGAAGCACAAGGGUAAUUCAGAAGUUCAGAGAGAGGGAGUUUCCACUCAGCAGACUGGAGCACCUCAGACUGGACUGGGACAGCUACAGGGUAAUCACCAGGAGGGGCAGUCAAGUAUAUUUAGGGGUCAUUGCUAUAAGUGUGGAGAUUAUGGGCAUUCAGCCAAACGGUGUCCUGGGUUGGCUCAGAAACAGCAUGGGCAACAGGGACAGUGGCAACCAUUACCUACUCCACAGAUUCCACGUGUGCAGGCUCAGACAUUUUCGGCCUUACCAGCACCACCGCCACCACAGGGACAGCCUAUACAGCAGUUGCAUCAGGGUAUGGUGUACAAUGCCACACCUUGCAAUGCAUGGGUACCUCAGAAGAAUUGAGGUUGUAGAAGGUCAAGUCUCAAGGUUGAGGAUCCGCAGCUGGAGGACUUAUCCAUUCCUUCUAUUUACUUAAAAGUAGGAUAUUAGUUUUGUUUCAGUUGAUAUUAGUACU